AUGUACGCCGCCCACAAGAAGGACAUCAACCGCCACAAAAGCUUCCACCCGCUAACAUACCGCAACCUCAGCAAGGUGGAGCAGCGACAGCAGGAAGAUGAGGCAAAAAAAAAGUCGGCCGCCGAGCGUAGAGAGGAACUCAGGCGUGACCAGGAGCAGCGCCGGUACGAUGAUCUCAUCCUUGCGGCCUCCGCCGACGGUGUUAGUGGUCAGCUGGCAAAGUUUCGUCAGGUGGAGAAUAUAUUUGCUGCCGAAGCAAAAACAGAGCGGGCCGGCCGUUCCACCUCCUCUGGGAGCGGUGACUUGGCGGGCCUUUCGUCACUGCCGCUUCUGAAGAGUGGCACGCUCGUCUUCAGGAAGGAUGAAGCACGGCAGGACAACGACGAAGCGAGAAGUGUGCGCAAACGUGGGCGCGACGAAGGGUGUCUGCCAGUGGACAAUAACGGUAGUGAGGUGGAGGGGCCAGGGAAGGACAGGAAGGCCGUGACAGGGUUUAUGUCAACAAGCGAUGCAGCGCAGCUGCGGAAGGAGUUAGACAAAUUGCAGAAGGAGCGGCACGACCCUCUCAGGCGCAUUGAACAGUUCCAGAACCGCACCGUUGCGGCGGAGGCGAAGCGUAGAGCACUUGCGGCGAAGACAGCGGCGGCAACGGUCUCCACGGGCACUCGUGAAGACACGGAGAAGGACGUCAUACACAGUCGUAUUCAGGAACUACUGCUGAUGAAAAGGCGGAAAUGA